UUCACACCAACACCCAACGUUCCUCCUCCCUCUCCACCACAAACCAACAAGCACCCCGCGAAAAAACGGAGAAAACAUGAACUGAGCACUUCCUCACCACACCCACCAUGGCAGCGAGCGACAAGAAAAUCAAGCACUUCCCCGACCUCGAGAACAAGCUGCAGGCACCGACCAAGAAAUCCCUCUUCGAGCGCCAGAAAGCCGACGCCGAAGCCAAGCGGCUGCGCGAGGAGGCCGAGACCAAGGCCGUCUACGAGGAUUUCGUGCGCAGCUUCGAUGAUGACGACGGCGCUGCGGACGGGAGCGGCGCCGCAGAUGUGAGUUGGGCCGGGAAUCAUGGCGGGCGAGGCGGGGGACCUUCUGGUGGUGGCUUUGGAACGGGUCCGCCCAAGAGGCAUUUCACGUCGGGACCAGGGAGGGGAAGCAUGGGCGCGCCGAUGGGACCGGCAUUGGGGAGGGGCGGCAUCGGCAUGGGAUUUGGCGGCGAGAGGGGGAGGGGCGCGGGGCUGGGAAGUAGCAGCGGACCGGGCAGUUUGGGACCGCCGCCGUUGAAGAAGAGGGCGUUUGAAGCCUUUCAUCAGCAGACGCCGAGGAGGGAGGAUAGGGGACUGUUGGCGUUUGACGAUUAUGAGCAGGAUCCGUCGCCCUCGAGGGCCUUGAAGACGUCGGAUGAUGAGGAUGACAGACGCGCCGGUAAUGAGGAGGACAGGGCCGUUCCGAAACCGACGUUGAGAUUGGCUUCAUUGCCUCCGGGUACGUCGCCCGCGGUUAUCAAAGCCCUGCUACCUUCGAAUCUGACGGUGGACGCCGUGCGCCUACAGGCCUCUUCUGGACCGGGGACCUAUGCAGAGAGAAAAUCCAUGUCGGCGAUUGUUACGCUGGCGAAAGAUACAGCUGCGAACGAUAUUGAUGCCGCAGUCAAUGCGCUACAGAACAGGUACUUGGGCUAUGGGUAUUAUCUGAAUCUGCAUAGGCACCUCUCCUCGGCAGCCAUCUCCAAUUCUGCUGUAGUACCAGCUCUUGGGACAUCUACGGCAUCACAACCCUUCGGCGCGAAACCCGUCUCCCUCCCCACCGCUGGGAGAGGGCAUGCACCGCCUACCCACCAACGAGGUUUUGCCCCGCCAGCCUCAUACGCUCCCACAGGACCGGGACUGAACCGUGCUGGUCCUCUCCUCCACGUCCCGGUCCACCCACCACGAGAUAUCAAGGAACUCAAGCUCAUCCACAAAGUGAUCGAAGCUCUUCUUACACACGGCCCUGAAUUCGAGGCUCUCCUGAUGAGUCGGCCCGAUGUGCAGCGCGAAGAGAAAUGGGCGUGGCUCUGGGACCCGCGCAGUACAGGUGGUGUGUGGUACCGCUGGCGACUGUGGGAGGUUCUCACGGGCUCCCAAACCCGCCGUGGACAGGGAAAGUACCUACCCCUGUUCGAAGGCAGCUCGGCCUGGAAAGCGCCAGACCAGCCCUUGGCUUACGAAUACACCACGCGACUCGACGAGUUCGUCUCAGAUUCGGAGUAUAACUCAUCAGAUGAGGAGGAUUCCGGGGAUGAAGGCGCGAGGAGACAUCAUCACAGUGGCGCACCACCCUCUGAUCCGAGUUCGUUGGCGGACGAUGGGCAGGCAUAUCUGAAUCCCCUCGAGAAGGCCAAAUUAACACACCUCCUCUCUCGGCUCCCCACAACUACAGCCAAGCUCCGAAAGGGCGACGUGGCGCGCGUCACAGCGUUCGCGAUAUCCCAUGCAGGUCGAGGUGCGGACGAGGUCGUCGCGGCAAUUGUCUCGAAUAUCGAGAAGCCGUUUGCGUACACAUCUGCGAAUCCGGAUCGGAAGAAGGACAGAGACCUCAGCGGUGACGACGCACCCGCCAAUGAAGACGAGGAGAAAUCAGACACCAGCGCAGCGAGCCUGAUCGGGAUCUACCUAGUCAGCGACAUCCUCUCCUCGUCGUCAACCAGCGGCGUCCGGCACGCGUGGCGCUACCGGCAACUCUUCGAGGCGGCGCUCAAGCAGCGCCAGGUGUUCGAGAAGCUCGGCCGCCUGGAGCGGAAGAUGAACUGGGGCCGGCUGCGCGCGGAGAAGUGGAAGCGCAGCGUCGGCAACAUCCUCAGCUUGUGGGAGGGCUGGUGCGUCUUCCCGCAGGAGAGCCAGGAGCAUUUCGCGCGCGCCUUUCAGAACCCGCCGCUGACGGCCAACGAGCAGCGCCAGGCGCGCGAGAGGGAGACCCCCGUCGCCGACAAGGGCAAGAGUAAGUGGAAAGCGGUCGAAGUCGCGCCGCCGCCGCCGUCAUCGCUGCCGCGCGAGGAGCCCGUCCCGCAGCCCGCCGAGGACGUCGAUGGCGAGCCCAUGGACCAGGACGAGGAUGUGGAUGGGGAGCCCAUGGACGAGGACGAUAUCGAUGGUGUCCCCAUGGAUGAUGAUGAAGACGUCGAUGGCGAGCCGAUGCCCCCAGAAGACGACGACGACGAUGUAGAUGGCGAGCCCAUGCAACAAGAACCAGAUCCCGCCGAAGGACCAAACCCAGCUGCUGCUGCUGCCCCCGAUCCUGAACCGGAAAAGGAAAAGGUCAAGACGGAAGAGCAGCAGCGGCGGAGACGGCCGAGAGCGGUGGAUAUGUUUGCGGAUUCGGAUUCGGAGGAUUAGUUACCUACCUAGUUACCUAGUUACCUACCUACCUAGGAAGGCAGUUUUGUAUGUACGUUUAGGUGGUGUAAAUUUAUAGGAAUGUACCUAUGUGUGUAUGUAUAUCCAUGAGAUAAUAGAUAUGCUUGAAAUCCAACAAUAUUCACAUGUUCACCCAUCGGUAUUUUCAUUUCAUAAUUUUUCAUCUCAUAAAGUCCUCCUGUCAUUACCUAGGUAGGUAUAUAAGGAAACCAUACAAACCCAAUUCUAAGAACCACCACCUACCCUUCCCCCCC